AUCUGACAGUGACAGGCUCUGGUCCUAACCUCACUUUAUUGUGAUGACGUUCUUUUGUUUAGAUUGGAAGUUGAUUUGUUUUAUAAAUAGAAAUAAGAUAUUUUCCAAAUUUCAUAUAGGAUAAAACCUCAAGGAAAAUGAUGAAACAAAGACAAGGAUCUAAAUACUAUAGACGUCUAGACAAACGGGAUAAGGACAGUGGAGACAGCAGUGAAGGCGAAGAGACUGAACUCUUUGUCAAAAAUAAGUCUCCUAGACGAGAGAUUCCCACUGUUGAGAAGAUUGUGGAGGAAAAUGAUACUUUGCAAUCUUUGGCCAUUCGUUAUAGAUGCAGUAUAGAAGAGCUGAAGAGACUAAAUAAUAUCCAUAAAGAAAAUGAAAUAUUCGCUAGAAGAGUUGUAAAAGUGCCUCACAGGCCCUUUUUAGAAGCCUUAGCACCAGUACAUAUUAGUGGAACAUGUUCCCCAGUAAACUCAAAUAAUCCUGCAACAGCAAAACUGAUUGACAUAGAUGUUUUGGAUUCAAAACUGACAGAACAUCAACAAGAAGAAAAUUUAAGUGAAGUAAAUCAAAUAAUUUUUAAUAGUAAUAUUGCCCAUAAAGAGUCUGAGACAAGUAAGGUUUCUUCAGCAGUAUACACAGAUGAGCAUGUCCACCUUCUAGGUCCACCAGGUAUUCCUCAACCAGACCCAAUAGUAUCAAGAUUAAGUUGUAGUGGCUCAGAUUGUGAUAUACCAUUUCCUGCACUUAUUGUUUUUAUUAUUUGUCUUAUAGUUGCUAUACCAUUUAUUUUGGUAUUUUUCGCUGUUGAACAACACGAACAUCAUUUGAAUCACACUACUGAAAAUGGAUCAUGAUAUUAGUAGAUUUUAUAUUUGAUAUUUACAUAUUUUGCUUCCAUUAGUUGUGUUAAUUUUUUAUGAUUUGAUACAUCUUGGGUGCUAAUAAUGUUAUGGAUUUUUUUAUAUUUGGCACAUUAAUAUAUUACCAAAUAUCCUAGUUGCUUUAAGUGCUACUAAAGGUUGAUCAUAUGUGAUAUCUGUAAGUUAGUGAAUAUAACUUUAUGUUAAAAAUAAUUAUGUAAGGAUAUCAAUAAUAAGUAUAGAAGUUUUUUAGUGAGAUAUAUAUAUAAAUAUAGUUUUUAUAUAAAUUGAA